CGUUGUGCCGUUUUGCUUUUAUCAAGUAGCGGAUAGUGGUUGGUUGACAAAAUUAUAUCUGAAAAUUGGAUUGUGUUUAGAGGAAGGAAAAAAUUGAAAAUUUUCGGUUGUUCAAAUUGAAUUAGAACGGUGAAACAUUUAAGUACUUUCAUUGGAUUUGAAUUUUCGUGGAUGUGGUUUCCGUGGUGAAAUGCAACUUUGAUAUUUUUUGCGAUUUUGUGAUUUAUUAAUCGGUGUUAGUGGUACAAAUAAAAGGAUUAAAGUGGCAACAGUUCCGAAUAGAGAUUAUAGAAGAAUGGGAACAGGUGAUCGAUUAUUGGACAUUCCAUGCAAAGUUUGCGGAGACAGAAGCUCGGGAAAACACUAUGGAAUUUACAGUUGUGACGGAUGCUCUGGAUUCUUUAAACGAAGCAUUCAUCGCAAUCGAAUUUAUACGUGCAAGGCCACCGGUGACUUAAAGGGACGAUGUCCCGUAGAUAAAACACAUCGAAAUCAAUGCAGAGCAUGUCGUCUCUCGAAGUGUUUUCUGUCGGCGAUGAAUAAAGACGCCGUACAACACGAACGCGGUCCUCGUAAACCAAAAAUGCACUCGUCCAUUCACAACAACGCGUCCCAACAUCAUCACCAAGCCCAUCUACAAAUGUCGUUCACAAGCGUUUCCGCCUAUGCACCGCAUCUGCGAACCACUCAUCAACAACACCACCAUUCGAAUUUUCAUCAACAUGCCACACCGAUCCACCAUCCACAACCGAUGCCAUUCCCUCCGAUGGUACACACAAAUCAUCACAUAACACCGCCACAGCGCUUAGAGCACAAUAAAAUGUCUGCCUUUGAUUUUCCCAAUCACACCAGCGACUUGAAUCAUUACAAAUCCAAUCAUCAUCUAUCACCAUCACCGACACAGACCAUCAAGAGCGGUUCGAGUAUAGAACCUUCGUCGGAAGGAAUGUCGAGUCCGCAGCUUAUCGUCGACAGCGAAACGACCAGUCCGAUGAUGGUGUACAACAAUCACGAUGUUAAUGGGAACGGUGUGAAACGGCAUCAAAGUUUGGUCGGGGCGCAACGUAACGGACUCCUAGAUAUUUUAAUGAAUCCUGAUAAAUGCCAGGAAUUCAUACAAUACCAAGUACAUAAUUCCAUGCUCUUCCCGACACUUACACCUAACAAUGUUCCACUUGAAGUCCGACUACCCACAUGGGAAGUUCUACAGGAAACAACAGCCCGAUUACUUUUUAUGGCUGUUCGUUGGGUUCGUUGUUUGGUGCCAUUUCAGACCUUAUCCAAGAACGAUCAGCAACUGCUAUUGCAAGAAUCCUGGAAGGAAUUAUUCCUGUUAAAUCUGUCCCAAUGGGCCGUACCAUGGGAUUUGGGAGCCUUAUUAGAUAGUCCACCAGUGCGUGAACGUGUCCCACAAGAUCCGCUAACCACAACCGAAAUGAAAACCAUUCAAGAGAUUCUGUGCCGAUUUCGUCAGAUAGCACCCGAUGGUUCCGAAGUCGGUUGCAUGAAAGCCGUCAUACUAUUCUCACCGGAAACGGUUGCGCUGUGCGACGUACAACCGGUCGAAAUGCUUCAGGAUCAAGCCCAAUGCAUCCUAUCCGACCAUGUACGAUUGCAGUAUCCACGACAGCCGACACGAUUCGGACGGUUAUUGUUGCUCUUGCCGUCAUUGAGAUCGAUUCGACCGGCGACGAUUGAGUCUUUGUUUUUCAAGGAAACGAUUGGAGCGGUGCCAAUAGCUCGGUUGCUCGGCGAUAUGUACCAGAUGGAGAAGUAUACGUUGGAAAAUGAAAAGUAGAAAAAUCAAUAGAAGAAAAAGGCGAAAAUCAUUUCUUUUUAGCGCAUUUCGGUGCAGUGUAGCAAUGUGAAGACAGAGUAAAUUAUAUUGUCGCAAAUAAAAACUGAUGAUUUGGGUCAUUUCACCUUUAUUAUAGGUAAAAAUUAAAAUAAAAAAAUUGAAAAUUUCCAUUUGAGUCAUAAAAGUAAAUGUUGAAAAAUUUGUUUAACAAAAACGCAAGAAAUAAAAAUGUUAAAAUGAAAAUGAAAUAAUUUUAAAAUAAAAACUUAUUGAUGUGAACACAUAGCUGAUAUUGUAAACAAACAAAAAAGCCAAAGACGUGAAUUAUA